UUGGCUUGAAGAUGCAGACAUGUCCCAUUCUAAUGUCUCUCAUUUACCAACAAAAAUUACUGCUGAACACUGUGCAAAACAGUUAAUUCCCCGAUGUUCUUCACCAAAGCGGAAGUAAUCUGUUUUACACCCAUGCAAUAUUGUGGUGGAAUACAAAAAAAAUCGAUUGAUAAACACUUUUCUACCACGGAACAUAUCCGGAGAAUGGCUGAAACGAGCGGACCACAGACCAGACAAAUCGACGUGAUGGAAACGGUUGCAUCCAGAUUUGUUGGAGCACUGAAAGAAUGAAGGCUAGAGCUGAGAAGCUCUCAGUGGAUGGGUUGCAGCAGAUGUCCAGCCCUGAGCUCAAAAACACGAUGAGACGUCUGAGCUCCAACUCAGAGGACCACUCUCGCCUCACUGCUGCCCUCUCGUGUCUGAAGAGUGCUAAUGAAACAGGAGAUGACCCGAGUCAUGACUCAGGCUACUGCAGCUCUAAGCUCCAACAGGACGGCAGUGCCUUCUCUCUCAGUAGCCCUUUCACCCAACUAAAGCCCACUGGCACCCACGGCCGUUCCAUCUCCAUAUCAGUGGUACCUUGUACAGAUGACCAGAGAUCUAACACAUUACCUGAAGAAAUGGCUGACACCCUGGAGCCAAGCAGCCCUCCUGCCAUCCGAGCCUCUAAGACAUGCACUGCGAAGCCCUCCCACACACCACCACCCUCCCGCAAACUUCUGCAUCUCUUCCCAAACAUUGCACUGACAAGAAGCAAGAGUCAUGAGUCACAGCUGGCCAACCGCAUUGAGGAUCCUACAUCGAAACCCUGUAAGAAGAACAAAUUGUUGGCUUCUAUUCAGAUCAAUGGCUAUGGGAACAGUCCUGAGAACUCAACACUGAGGUCACUGUCUGCCAGAACGGGCCCUACCCCAUCCUCAGCACCAUACAUAAUGCCCGUCACACCCACCCUGCUGGACAAUGUAGCUAUGCACAGGAAUUCCCCCCAGACAAUGAGGAGAGACAUUGGCCUGGCUGUAACACACAGAUUUUCAACCAAGUCCUGGCUUUCCCAGACGUGCCAAGUGUGCUGCAAGAGCAUGAUGUUUGGUGUCAAGUGUAAACACUGCAAGUUGAAGUGCCACAACAAAUGCACCAAAGAUGCGCCCUCAUGUCGGAUAUCAUUUCUCACUUUGCCAAGGAUGCGCAGGGCAGAAUCAGUGCCAUCAGAUAUCAAUAAUCGGAUUGACCACACAGUAGAAAUCCCACUGCAGUUUGGGACUUUGCCAAAGGCAUUAACCAAAAGGCAGGAGCCUGUUCCCAGUUUAAACCACCUGGACUCCAGCAGUAACCCAUCAUCAGCCACCUCCUCCACACCUUCCUCCCCAGCACAUUUCCAGCAGAGUAACCCUUCAAGUGUCAGUGCCACCCCCCCGCCCAACCCAUCACCACAGAGCUUCAGGGACAACCGCUUCCACUUCCCAGAUGUUGCUGCUUCCACACACACUGUUCAGCAUUCUGGAGGCUACUGUGUGCCUGGAGUGUCACAGGAGGUGCUCACUGAGACACAGCUAACAGUAUUGCAACAUGGAGAGGAGGAAGACUACCCAGCUGAGAAUGAAGAAGCAGCUGACACAAGAGACAGAAAAAAGAGUUUUUCUACUGAGGAGCAUGAUGAGGAUGGUCUGGAUGACCUUCCCUCUUCCAUAUACCGCCGUGCAGUUGCUGGCCGCUCAGGAGUCCCCAUUUCUCGUAAGGCCAGCCAGACCAGUGUCUACCUUCAGGAAUGGGACAUACCAUAUGAGCAGCUGCAGCUUGGAGAGCUUAUUGGCAAGGGUCGAUGGGGCAAGGUACAUAAAGGUCGCUGGCAUGGUGAGGUGGCCAUUCGCCUACUGGAAAUCGAUGGUAACAACCAGGAUCAUCUAAAAGUCUUCAAGAAGGAGGUGAUGAACUACAGGCAAACCAGGCAUGAGAAUGUAGUCCUGUUCAUGGGCGCCUGCAUGGCUCCUCCUCACCUCGCAAUCAUCACCAGUUUCUGCAAAGGUUUAACUCUAUACACAGUUGUAAGAGAAAGAGGUCACAUGCUAGACAUCAAUAAAACCAGACAGAUUGCCCAGGAGAUUGUAAAGGGAAUGGGUUAUUUGCAUGCCAAAGGCAUCAUUCACAAGGAUCUGAAGUCUAAGAACGUGUUCUAUGACUCCAACAAGGUUGUCAUUACAGACUUUGGCCUGUUUGGGAUGUCUGGAGUGGUACAAGAAGGCAGAAGAAAGAACGUGUUGCAGAUACCACAGGGCUGGAUCUACUACCUCGCCCCAGAGAUUGUUCAAAAGAUAAGCCCAGAGGUGGAUGAGGACCAGCUGCCUUUCUCCAAUGCUGCUGACGUUUAUGCUUUUGGAACAAUCUGGUAUGAGCUGCAGACUGGAGACUGGCCGAUCACUAACCAGCCUGUGGAAGCUAAAAUCUGGCUAGUGGGCAGCAAUGAGGGAAUUAGGAAGGUGUUGGCAGAGGCCAAUCUGGGCAAAGAGGUCACGGAGAUCCUGUCUGCCUGCUGGUCGUCCAAGGCAGACGACAGGCCAACUUUUACCCAGCUGGCAGACAUGCUCGACAGACUUCCCAAACUCAACCGUAGGCUGUCUCAUCCUGGACACUUCUGGAAAACCACAGAGUCAUGGGGUCACCAUCACUGCCUGGGAGAUCACUGCCAUCAGGGCCUAAAUGCACACUGUUCAUACAUGUACAAAUAUACCAGCUGAGCCUCAUCUAUUGGAUUAAGCAAAUACUGACAAUAUUGUGAAAAGAAGAUGUUUUUCAGAGUGCUUUUGUAUUUUCAGAUAGUAACAUUUGAUCUGUCUUCUUGUUACCUUAAUUCUUCACGCCAUGUGAUAAAGUCUCCAUGAAAAUGUUAGUACUCUGGCUAAGUACCAUAAUGUAACUUUAGAUGCAAAGUGGAACGUACAUCAGUCACCAAAGCAUAUCAUUUUAUGAAGAGCUUUAGCAAUUGCACUACAUGCCAAACAGCACAAAGACAGAAGUAGUAGUUCAGGUACAUUGUGCCAGUUCAUUGAUUCGUAAAAUGUUUCUGCGAAACAAGAAAGGGCCAUUGACUAGUGUAGCAGCUUUUUUGACUGUCUCUUGUAUGUAUGUUGCAGAAUGAGCUCAUGUGUGGCUUUUUGACAGACAGCUUGAUAUGGAUUGUAUUUGCAUUUACAGCUUCAUUAAUAUGGGUUUGUCCUUCUAAAUGUGAUUUUCAUGCAGAGGCUUCUUCUUAACACUAGGUUUGGUUGGACUGGUUUUCUUUGCAACAGAGGUAUUUUUCUAUUUUUGAUUUAUAGCAAAGCAUAAGCAUAAUAGUGCUAGAAUAUAAAGGGUACAGGCAACUAAGGGCUUGUACUAUAGUUUUAAUAGACACCAAAGAAAAAUUUGUCAGACACCCAAUUAUUUGGUCAUUCAUCUUACGACUAGUGUACACAUUUCUGUUUCCAUGUGGCUGAAUUCCCAAUACAGCUGUUCUCACUCACGUUUUUUGUUUCUGUUGUCAUUCAGCAGAAUGAACAUCAAAUUUCAUUAUGGCUCAUAAAUACCUAUAGUGAGGAUACUCUAGAAGCAACAAAAGUUUGUUGUGUUCAAACAUAUCAUGUUAACACAUCUAAAUGAGCUGCUGUAUUUUUUCUUGUAAUACACAAUUGUUGAUGGUAAAACAACCCUAGUACAUGAAUAAUGUUGCAAACUAUAUUAUUAACAUUUCUAAGUUACAACUAACUUUACACAUGGAACUAGACCAGCUAUAUUGACACACGUUGCAUGAUGGAAAAAAUUACCAUUAUGGAUUUAUACAGCUGUCAGUGGCAAUGUAAAAAGAAAAGAUAAAGGAAAGUGUUCAAAACCAAAAUUUACUGAGUAGGUUUGAGCGUUGGUUACAUGGGGAAUGGAUGAAUGAUGGAGAGAUUUCAGACACUGCUGAAUACAAUAACACUACAAUGAGCUCAGCCCAGUUUUAAAUCCUACCCAGACAAACCUUUACUGCAUGUCACUCUCCUGCUAUGUUUGGCCUGUGUUUUUUUCUUUUAUCUUAUUUUUCUCUUUGUCUACAUCAAUCAACAUGAAUCAGUUUUUACAUUUCAGAUUGGUUACCAGUUUCCGUUGGCUCCUAUGAGCCUGUCUGUCCACAGGGUCUCUCCACAUUUGUAAUCUCUAGUCUUUUACGAAUGCAAUCAUCAUACAUUGAAGGCUGUUGGUUUCAGUGCAUACUAAUUAAAAGAGAUGAAAUACUUUUAUUUCAAGGGCACAAAGUUCAUAUUUAAAGGGUUAUUUAUUUGAUUUUUGGGUGGUUUUAAGGUUGUGUGUUGGUCUCUGAGUUUUUGGCCUCCAAUACAGAUACAUACAGUACAGUACAGUGUCCUGGUGACUUUAGCUAAUCUACAGAACACACUGUGGACAUGAAGACUUUUGACAACAAAAUCUGUAGAUGAAUAAAUUUUUAGCAACACUCAGCACGCCAAAAGUCAUCCUUUUGGUACAAGACCAUUUGAGUUUUCAUUAAAUGCCAUCUUUAAUUCUGUCUCUCCAGGACUUUGGUCUAUGACCAAAUACUAAAUACCUAAAGACAUCCCCUUCAGCCUCAGCUGGACUUGUGUUUAGUGCCAAUGAACAAAUGUUGCCAUGCUAUCACAAAACCUAAACUAAGACAUCAAUAAGGAACACAUCUGCUAAAUAUCAGCAUGCUAGCAUUGUCACUGCGAGCAUGUGGGCAUGCUUAAUGUUUAAUGUUGAGCAUCAUUGCACAUAAUUACAGCCUCAAAGAGCAGUUAGUGUCAUGUUCAGUCCUCUGAGCACCACAAAGUUGGUAAACCUUAGAGACAGAUAUGUGGGGAGAUACCAUAAGAGGUAAUGACAAUGUAUUUUUCUAACUUAGAUGUACUGAUCUUCAGAAAUGUGUACUCCCCAAAAUAAGGAAAAAUACUCUUUAUUUAUUGCAACCUUGGAAACAAGAUUGUCCACACUGACCCCUGUAGUUAUGAGUAUCAGGGGACUUUUCUUAGUCUCUUAACCAAUGUCAUGAAACACUGCAGUGAAAUGUGCAGUAUUACAAUAAUAUUUAACACAAAUGUGGCCAUUUAUGACAAGCUGGUCCUAAAAUACUAUUUCUUGUGGCAUCUUUGGCUUUGUGUUUUAAAUGAUCCAGCAUCAUUAAUGGAUCACAGGGCAAACCACUAAUUCAUACCUCCACCACUAAUAUAUAAGGAGAGCUACAAGUGAACUUGUAUUUGCUCAGUCUUACUUUGACUUCUGAUAGCAGAACAGUGAUCUGUGGACAGUAUAGUUUUUUACAGCAGAAAAACAGGUGUGCGCCUAUCUGUACACUUUUGCAUUGGGUGUUGUUAGUGAACUAGAUGUGGCUAAUGUGUUUGUGUGUUUUGUUUCCUCAGGCAGGAGCAAAUAUUCACCCACUUAAUGUGUCUGAAUGUAAUAGGCUUCACUGGCACAGUGUAAUGCAAUCUAACAUGAAUAAAAUAUGACCUAAUGAAUGAAUGGAAAUACAUUAUACUGCUGGAGAUUGUAUUUAAUUCAGUUGUUAUGUUUGUGCUAGGGUUUCAAGCAUUUUAGAUGGUACCUAGGUCAUAUUUAUAUAGAGGUUUAUAGUGGACGUUUGUGUUUUUUUUUCUUUUUUCUUUUGUGUCGUCAUCCCCCCCCCCAUUUUUUUUAUGGGGAUGGGAGUUAUUUGUAAAUUGCUUUUGUACAGGAUGUGUUCAUACUUUGUAAGCUUCUGGCCUGAACAACUGAAGACAUUAAAGCUGAUUUCAUGCUA